CGGGCGGACACCGGACACACAGGACCCUUCUGCAAUUCAGCGGACCUGAUUGAGGACUGCAGAAUACACACAGGCCGAUGAUGAUGUCGGAGAACUUGGAGCAGAGUGAUGACAUCAGCGUCCUGCCCCCCCAUGAGUUGGAGCCGCCCCCCAGGGAGGAGGACGGACACUGCCCCCUGCCCUUCAGGCUGCAGCUGAUCGACGACCUGUCCUACGAGGACGUGAAGAAGUGCUACAGAGGCUCAACUGUCAGCAAGUACAACUCUCAGUACCACAAACUGUUCCAGACUGUCCCCAAAGAGGAGAUCCUGAUGAAAGUGUAUUCCUGUGCGUUGUUGAGAGACAUCCUGCUGCAGGGUCGCCUCUACAUCUCCAGGAACUGGUUGUGUUUCUACGCGAACCUGUUUGGUAAAGACAUCAAGGUUUCUAUUCCAGUGGUGUCAGUCCGGCUGGUGAAGAAGCACAAGACGGCCGGUCUGGUGCCGAACGGGCUGGCCAUCACCAUGGAUACAGGACAGAAGUAUGUCUUUGUGUCCCUGCUCUCCAGAGACAGUGUCUAUGAUGUCCUGAGGAGGAUCUGCACUCACCUGCAGGUGAACGGGAAGAGUCUGAGUCUGAAGCAGUACCUGGAGGAGCCCAGCUCUCUGUCCAUGGACGAGUAUCCAGAGGUGUUGAAGUGGAGGAGGAAGCCAUCGCUCCCCGCCGUCUCCUCCUCCCUCCCUGACCUGCUGGGAAACUCCUCCCCCGGCCUCGUCGCCGACACACCCUUCAGCCCGCACACGCUCACCAACAGCAGUCUGGAGACAGAGAAGAUCCUGCUGACAGAACCAGUACCUGAACUGGGUCACAUGGAGUACCAGCUGUUGAAGCUCUUCAUCCUGCUUGUCUUCCUGCUGGUCCUGUCCUCCUGUUACCUGGCCUUCAGAGUUUGUCGUCUGGAGCAGCAGCUCAGCUUCCUGAGCAGCCAGCCAACGCUGAGAGAGAGGUGUGGAGAGGUUCCCUGUUGGCUGGCCAAUCAGAGGACGGGAACCUGACGCUGGAGCCAAUCGGAGUGAAGAAGAAGAAACUCUGCACUUACAUAGACUUGCCUUUAGGGGGCGGCGGCUCUCAGGCGGAGACGAGACGACUGCAGCAGCA